AUGUUUAGAUACGUUCGUUCUGCGUUUAUUGUUUCUGCAGUUGCAGCUACUCCGUUGUUUCAUCCAAAGAUUCUUCUGGAGGUGAAGCAGGUUGUGGUGGAUUCUUCGCUUAACCCGUUCCCAACCGAGAUUCCCAAGGGAUUGUUCCAUAACGACUUUCAACUUUUGGGUCAUGGUGUGAGAUCGGUCACGUUUAUUUCGUUCAAGGUUUAUGGAGUUGGAAUAUACAUUGCCAAGAAGGAUAUUCCCAAAGCAAGUUCAGUGUUGAUGGGUAUGGCCGACAAGCUCAAAGACCCACAAGAAUCUGCGCAAGUCAUUGAAAAGCUUUUGGAUAGUGAUGUUAAAUUUUUGGUUCGUUUGGCACCGGUGAGAAACACCGACUUUAACCACUUGAAAGAUGGCUUGAUUAAAUCGAUAUUGGCCCACCCCAAGAGUAAGGAAAUGAAGACAGAGUUGGGGGUGGGGUUGGACGAGUUGAGACAAGCGUUUACAAGACGAGGGACAGUUCCGAAAAACCAUUUGUUGUACCUAGAAAUGCUCGAUGGGGGCAAGAUGGAGUUGAGUUAUGUGAAUCCGGAAAAGAAACCAUACAAGAUGGGUGUGGUUGACUCGCCAUUGGUUAGCAGACAAUUGAUGUUGCAGUACCUUUCCGGCGCCAAACCUCUUUCGCCUUCGUUGCGUGAUAGUUGUAUAGAAGGAUUUAUUAAUUUAUAA